GCUGAGCGCCCGCGCCGGCGGCGGCACCGACAUGCCUCAAAGUGCGUUAUUUAUUUAUUCUACACAUCCUCACUCGCCAGCACACCUUAGUAUCCAUACAACCACCGAUUAGAAGACACUCAUAACCCCAUAUUGUCAUAUACAUGCACGUGACUCUCCGCCUCUCGCGCCACAUGGAUUUCGGUUGCUACGACAAGAACUCUGGCGAAGUGGAGUGCUACCUCGAAAUACAUUGCGAUACGGGUACUUCUUGCGCAAUCACGAUACAAAUGCCCAACCCGGAAGCGGCGGGCUGCGUGGAGCGGUUCGCGACCUUCAUGUCUCUGCUGCUGGUCAUCAUCACAUUCCCGUUCUCGCUGUUCGAGUGCUUUAAGGUGGUGCAAGAGUUCGAACGAGCCGUGAUAUUCAGGCUCGGACGAUUGAGGAAAGGCGGCGCGAGAGGCCCCGGACUGUUUUUUGUGCUACCCUGUAUAGACACUUAUAGAAAGGUGGAUUUGAGAACUGUGUCGUUUGAUGUGCCGCCGCAAGAAGUUCUAACGAGAGACUCCGUGACAGUGGCUGUAGACGCGGUAGUCUACUAUAGGAUAAAGGAGCCUUUGAACGCAGUCGUCAAGGUGGCAGACUACAGCGCAUCAACACGGCUGCUAGCUGCGACCACGCUGCGUAACGUACUGGGCAUGCGCGAUCUAGCGCAGCUGCUGUCAGACCGCGAAGCCAUCAGCCAUAUGAUGCAAGCCAACCUGGACGAGGCCACAGACCCCUGGGGUGUCGAGGUGGAGCGCGUGGAGAUCAAAGAUGUGAGGCUCCCAGUGCAACUGCAACGCGCGAUGGCGGCCGAAGCAGAGGCAGACCGCGAGGCGCGAGCCAAGAUCAUCGCGGCCGAAGGCGAGAUUAAAGCCUCCAAGGCGCUUAAGGAGGCAUCUCUAGUCAUGGUGGAUAACCCAAUGGCCCUACAGCUCCGGUAUCUACAAUCACUGAAUACGAUUUCAGCGGAGAAGAACUCUACGAUAAUAUUUCCAUUCCCGAUGGAUUUCCUGAAGACAUUCUUAGGAGUGCCCGGGCCAAGCAAUCCGUCGUUACCUAUGUAAUUAAUUAAAAAUUAUAAGUUAUAUAUAUUAUAAGUAAAUACGUUUUUUAUUUUUACUGUGAACUACUUAAUGAAUCUAUUCCAAUCUAUUCGUAGGUCAUGUACCUUGUUUUGUAAUAAAUACUCUAUACCUAUAC